UAUACGUACGUAUUAACUAGUAUUGACAUUAAUUCAUAAGAGUCAAUGAGUAUAUGUACUUUAAUACAUUAUAAAUGGUGGUCAUUCAACUGACAACAUCGUUUGAAAUCAUGUUUAAUAUUCAAAAGAUAUCCGCAUACAGUGCUCAGCAUAUGGUGUUAUAUAAAGCUCCUUUCACUCAAUUUAAGUCGUUGAAACUCUCAUCUGAACUGGAAGCACAUUUCAAAUCAUGAUAUUAAGAGAUUUCAUUCAAAUAUACUUUAUGAAGAUAUGCAGUUGGUGUUAAAUGAAUUAUGUGUUAAAACUCAAUAUUGACAGUGAAAUCUAUCGUAUGACUUGAAAGUGGAGGAAAUAAUCUAAGUUAAUGUUAUAGUUAAUUUAUAGUUUAAUUGUUUCAAUAAUGAAGUAUAGGGGAAGCGGGUUGCUUCCACGUCUCAUUAUAACAAGUGAUGUACCCGAGGAUGCCAGAAGCUCUACAAGCCAUGGGCAAGGGGAGCUUUUAAAGAUGCGAUUGUUACAGACUGAUGCGAAAUACAGAAGUUUCUUUUUGUACGAUCAGAUUCGCUCUUUUGAGGACAAAGUUUACCUCUCGUAUGCACAGUUUAAUGUUGAUAUACUAUACAGAAUGUUUUUGUCGCUUACAAAACGCACUGUAGUUGAUGUUAGAAAAGUCAAGACCAUUGGAAACCUUCGGAAGUGCUUUAUGGACCUUAGAAAUAUCAUUCGUUGUAAACGACGUCAUCGUCACGUGAAGGUCACAACGGAAGAGGAAAAGCUCGUGAACUACUUCACGUGGUUCUUCCAGUAUGUCGACUACCUGCGGAAGCUGCAGGAAAACUUUGUAGAAAGAAUUUUCACACCAUUGUUUCGUUAUUUUUAUCUGGUCGGGUAUGAUCAUCCUGACCGUGAAAAUACAAAUGAUUCUGUAAUGUCAUCUCCCAGUGUACUUUCAUUUAGGAGUAUAGAUAGUGGUUACAGCGACGUCAGUGGUUUAACUUCUACGCUUGGCGAAGGAUGCCAAAAGUCUGGAAGCUAUUCUGCACGCUCUGGGUUUAAUGAAACACAGGAAGCUCGAAAACGACUUGUUACAAAACAAGCACUGGUUUCACUCAGUAAAGAAUUUCAUGACAUUAAAAAACUGUACGAUACGUCUGAUAUCGAAAAACUGGCAAAAAGACUUUCGCAUCUAAAAGAGAGAACUGAUCAUCUCUUAGACCAUGAAAACUCUUUAGAACAAGAGCUUUUCAGCCAAGACAGUGAAAGGCCGGUAUUUCAUUUGAAAAUUCCAUACUUCGGAAAUGAAAAGAUCAUUCGAUUUGUUCCUGACAUUCUCCUGAAAUUCCAAAAGGCUGCCUGGAUAUCAAGACGGUGGUUAGAACAUGAUGACCAGAAAACAAAAGACCUGAAUGUAAAGUUGGAAAAACUGACACAGCUAGAAGAAGACAUGAACAGGAAACUGUGUGAUCUUUCAAAGGAAAUACAGUUGAAAGAAUUAGAAUUAGAGUCAAAAGCUGGCACGCUGAACAUUUUGUUGGAAAGGGAGAAUAGAUCUAAUAAUAUCAGCCAAACGGUCUAUGAUAUGGCAAAAAGAAAGGGGAUUUUGACUGAUCAAAUGGCAGUCUUGAAUUCAGAAAGAGGCCAACUCUGCGAAAAAAUCACUGCAGCAGUAAAUCGCGAUGAUAAAAAAGCCUACAAACAGUUAAAGGCUUUUUAUGAUAAGAACAAACUGCAAAGAUUUGCAGUAGAACGCCAACUCGCAACACUAAAUUAUCACAUCAAUCUAGCUGAGUCCGAUAUGAACAUUGAACUUGAUUUAAAAGCUGAUGUCAUGUACACAACCAAUGACGUGCAGGACAAAUGUGAAGAACUGGAACAUAGGCUUGAGAAGGCGAAGAAAGAGCAGAAAAUAAUACAAGCAGCUUUGAUUCCCAUUUCUGAAGACAAGAAGUUUGUCAAAGAACAACUCCAGAUGGAGGAGGGUUUACCUGUUGGAGAUGACUAUCCUGUUCUUCGCGCAGAGUUCAUAAACUCAAUUGCAUUUGAUCCAGACCGUGUCGUUGACUUGAAUGCAGAAUAUAUUGGAAACAACCCUGUAGGAAAUCCUUUAUCGUUACUGAUAACAUCACUUCCUGAAGGUGGACACGUUUCGUCCGUACCAAUGAAAAUACAGCAAAACCAAACAUUGCCAAAGUUAGAUAAUGCAUCUCACUCAAUAGGCUCAAUGAAUUCAGCGGCGUCCUUACACAGGCAGCAGUAUACACCGGAACUAAUGGCCUCAGAAUGGUGACAUAGACAGUAUGUCUCUGAUCAACAAAUUAAAAAAUGAUUGUUCAUUGAUUUGGCAACAGUUAUAUCCUUUCUAACUUUGGGCGCUUCUUAAUCAAUGGCAAAAGUUAUCAUUUUCAUAACCAACGGCACAUGUUUUUUCCAUACGCAUUGCAAACAAAUAUUUCUACGUUAACGUUAUUUCCCAUACCAAUCAAUAAGCAUGUUACAAGCACACAGUUCCAACUUUUCUUAAAUGUAAAGACAUAAUAUAGUAAAAAUAAUGAUAGAAAUAAACAGUUCAAAGCAACUUAAUUUCGUGGACUGUGUCUAUUUUAAUAGCGAUGUUUCUUAUUUGUUUUAAAUGUACUCUUUAGUAACUAUUGUAUAACGAUUUGAACUGACUUGUGACGAUGAAUUAAGGUGUCAAUUAUUGUUACAGAUGGCACAAGUCGUUCUGUAACGUUUGAUGUCUCCAGUUGUAUAAUUAUGAAAAAUUGCGAGAACAUGAGUCAUAAACGGUCCAGUUUAAUAAAAAAAAAUUUAUUCAUUGCGUCUUUGAAUGUCCCUGAUUCAAUAAAAGCAAUGCGUAUGAAAAAGUGUUGUAUUCUUGUUAAAAUUUAGUGACAAGUGUGAAAAUGUCGGAAAUCAAUGACAACAAUUGCAUCUAAUAAACUUCAUUUUCCUGCAAAAGUGAUCAACAAAUGUGCACGAAGAAGACUAAGUAUUCCAAAUCUUAAUUAAAACAAAUUUAGCAUUUUCUAUGUUACACAACGUAUGCAUAUUGUAAAAAAUGUAUUGUCAAGAAUGCCCGAAACACUUUUGUUUAUGCUGAAACAAAUAAACAAUGUAUCAAGAUUACAUAUUUUGAUUACCUGUAAAACAACAGUUAUGUAAAACAACAGUUAUGUGUGCUUUUAUCAUACUAUUUAAUGCAUUUAUUUAUAUUAUCUUAGUAAUACAUUUAUUUAUCAUUAUCAUUAAAAUUAGUCACCUGCA